AUGUGGCCCGGGCGUACGCGGCGGCGUCUGGUUGGCGCCGCCGCCAUCGUCAUUCUGACGGUGUUACUUCGCGCGUGGUCCGUCGCUCGGGGCGGCCCCGGCGGAGCGCCCGCGGGACGCCGGCGCGCGCGAGGCGAUGUCGCUGAAAACGCAUUCACCGGCGUCUUCCGAGCCCCGACCGCGGGGACGGAACCGGGGGCGGCGGUGGGAUACGGGGAGCGUCGACGGCUGGAGGAGGGCGUCGCCAGAUCCGCGCGCGUCGCAUCCGCCGCCUCGGUGUUCGCCAGGGAGGCCGGGGAGGAGAGCUGCGAGGGGGUCUGCGGCCUGUGUCGGGCGUCGUGCUGCUGCGAUCGGGACUGCCGAGCCGUGGGCGACUGCUGCGGGGACUUCGAGGACGACGGGAUGUGUGAGGCGCAGAAGGACGAGGGACAGACCCCGGGAGGUGGAGGGGGAGGGGGAGGGGGAGGGGGAGCGGGAGGUGGAGGGGGAGCGGGAGCAACGCGGCCGUCGGCGCCGCUGGGGGCGCCGGACUCGGCGCCACCCCCCGCGUCGCCGCAGUCGCCCAGACCCCCGCCGCAACCCCCGCCCCUACGUCCCCCUCCACCGCCUCCCCCGAGCCCAGGAGCUCCACCGCCUCAGCCCGGGAGUCCUCGACCCCCGCGUCCUCCUCCGUUCGCGCUCAUCCUCCGACCGCCGCCGCCGCCGCCGCCGCCGUCGCCCGGUGAGUCACCGCCCGGUGAGUCACCGCCCCCGUCGCCCGGUGAGUCACCGCCGCCGCCGCCGCCGCCCCCCGACGCGAACGUCACCGCCCUCGCGGACCCGCGCGGCGUGUGGCACUCCGACGUGUCGCCGCCCGCGCCGUGGUACCCGACGCUUCCGCCCGCGCCCUUCCCGCCCGUCCCCGGGGUGCCCCCGUUCCCGCUGUUCCUCUACGCGAAGCUGCAGGCGGUGCCGCGGUGUUCGCCGUUUUGCGACACCCGCGCCCCGCCGCCGAGCUUGCCCAAGGGAGACAGGGCGUGGGCGCUGCGCGCGGCGGAGGCGGCGAGGACGCAGUGGGCGCAGAUGGUGGACCUGGCGCAGAUUCAGGUCGGGGGAUCGCACGGCACGAGCGGGGAGAUGUGGCAGUACGGGGCGGCCGAGGCGGUGACGGAGAGCGAAGCGGCGGCGUCGGCGGCGGCGGGGGCGGGUGCUUCAGAGGAGCUGAGGCGGUCGAGGCGGCUGCGGCGGAGGCGACGCGACGCGGUGAGAAAGUGA